GAGUAAAGCCAAGUGACACUCGCCUGCCCCAGGCUGCAGCUGCCAUUGUCUGGGCUAGAAAUUGCCUUUGGCUGCCAGGUCAUGCUGUCUUCUGUGCUCAGCUGCCAGCAUGUCCACGGACGGGGGGUUCGGCACAGCCAGCAACAGCGAUGCCCAGCAGAGCCUCCAGUCCUUCUGGCCACGGGUCAUGGAGGAGAUCCGCAACCUCACCGUGAAAGAUUUCAGAGUUCAAGAACUCCCUCUGGCUCGUAUUAAGAAGAUAAUGAAACUAGAUGAAGAUGUGAAGAUGAUCAGCGCAGAAGCCCCGGUGCUGUUCGCCAAGGCAGCUCAGAUCUUCAUAACAGAACUGACGCUGCGAGCCUGGAUCCACACAGAGGACAACAAGCGCAGGACUCUGCAGAGGAAUGACAUUGCCAUGGCCAUUACAAAGUUUGAUCAGUUUGACUUUCUCAUCGAUAUUGUUCCCAGAGAUGAACUGAAGCCUCCAAAGCGGCAGGAGGAGGUGCGUCAGGCUGUCACCCCAGCAGAGCCUGUGCAGUAUUAUUUCACACUGGCUCAGCAGCCCGCGGCCGUGCAGGUUCAGGGGCAGCAGCAAGGCCAACAGACCACCACGUCGACCACCACCAUCCAGCCUGGCCAGAUCAUCAUCGCCCAACCUCAGCAGGGGCAGACAACCCCCGUGACGAUGCAGGUUGGAGAAGGCCAGCAGGUACAGAUAGUGCAGGCCCAGCCCCAAGGACAGACCCAGCAGGCUCAGAGCGGAACUGGGCAGACCAUGCAAGUCAUGCAGCAGAUCAUCACCAAUACAGGAGAGAUCCAGCAAAUACCGGUUCAGUUGAAUGCUGGCCAGCUGCAGUAUAUCCGCUUAGCCCAGCCCGUGUCAGGCACCCAGGUAGUCCAGGGGCAGAUCCAGACGCUUGCAACCAAUGCACAGCAGAUAACGCAGACAGAGGUCCAGCAAGGGCAGCAGCAGUUCAGCCAGUUCACAGACGGGCAGCAACUGUACCAGAUCCAGCAGGUGACCAUGCCUGCGGGCCAGGACAUCGCCCAGCCCAUGUUCAUCCAGUCCACCAACCAGCCCUCGGACGGGCAGGCCACGCAGGUGACAGGGGACUGAGCAGGGACCUCGUGGUGGGUCCUCUCUGCCUGGAAACCACACGUUCCAGCUCCACCUCUGCCUGCUCCGACCAACGCAUCGGCUCCUCUGCACCUCUACCUGGUAUUAGGCCUACAGCAGGCUGCCAUCUCCAGUGCACCACACACCUUCCUCUGCUGGGUGGGAGAGAGUACCCACCAGACACUGACAAGAAUGCAAUAUUUUUAUUUUUAUUUUUAGAAAUCACUAUUUCAGUCUAUACAGCCGCUCGUUCAGACCCAUAAAACCAAACGAGAACUAAUCAAAAGGGAUUUGUAGCCUCUCAGUCGACGAUGUGUUAAACGUUUUUAUCUAGUACAAUUAUUAAAGGGUACUGCAUCUGGUUCGUUGGAAGAGCUUUUUUCCUGGUAUUGUUUGUAUUUUUUAUUUUAUUUUAUUUUUCUCUGAAUAGAGCUAGAUUCAGUUCCUCCCAUCCCAAUGGUUUAUUAGGGGGUGUGGGGGGAGUGUGUGUGUGUUAGAUUUUCCUCUCCUGCCUCCUUUUUGGGAGCAUUUAUGCAGCUCAAAGGUAGAGAGUAGGAGAGGAGUAAUUAAAGCGAAAACAAGACAAAACAAAAAACCCCAUUCUUUAUCUGAUGACUGCUUUGUCCAAGGGCAAAAGGUUCUUUAAUUCGGCCUGAUUUAUUCCAGAAAUGCUAAUGGAGACCUGGACAAACCCCAGCCCUGCUGUUAACUCCUGUACCAGCUUCAGUCGAUGCAUGUAAUAUAAGCUUCAUAAAAAUGAAAUAAAUUUCCUUUGUAAGAUAA